AUCACUACGUGAAGGUAACUUCGAACUGUACGUGGACUCCCUGACGCAGAUCAUGCCUUGGAUGUUCGCUCUAGAUCAUACACACUACUCGAGAUGGCUUUCCGUACACAUCCGCGACAUGACGACACUUGCUGAAAAACACCCAGAUGUUUUCGCUGAAUUCAAGUUAGGAAACUUUGUGGUACACAAAACCAGCAACAAAUUCUCUGCCAUGGCACUUGAUCAGUCUCACGAGCAGAACAAUGCAAUGGUGAAAGGCUCUGGUGGGGCUGUUGGAUUGACUGGCAAUCCUGGAGCACUGAGACGUUGGAUGGUAGCAGGGCCAGAAAUCGCCAGACUUACAACAGAGUUUGAGGAACAGGCCAUGAAGCAACAUCAUGACACUAAAUGCAGUCAUCAUGACCAGCAACCUGGGGUGCAAGCAGCAUUCUUGAAAGAGCUUAAAGCACUUGUAACAGUGCUGGACGAGAUGGGAAAUCCGUUCUUAGAACACAGUGAAGACCUACUAGUCAUUGAUACACGGGACAUUGUAGACGCUGAAGUGGCAGAAACUGUGAGAAAGAUCGAGACCCUGGGUGAAGAGCAAUACAUCAAGUUUGUCACAGAGAGGCUAGAACAGUGUAAAACACCUAUCACGGAAACACUUCCAAAGAACAAGCUGCCAUUGUUUAGUAGGCCGCCUGUCAAAGUUCAAUCAAAUCAGAAAGCACAGCUGGCAGCACUGAAGAGUGACUGUGGUCUCUUUUCGAGGUUAUACAUCUCUUGUCAAACUCGUGAUGGAGACAUCGACACAUUCUUUGCUCAUGAAAACCAGUCAGCUCCACCAGCUCUGUCAAUUGCAGGAAAGAUGCGGAGUGGUGUUAAAGCAGAUCUACUUCGCUGUCUGGAAGCAGAUUUGCCUGAACAAAAUGGCGUGGCAGUGGUUGAUGCAACAAUUCUUGAUGGUGCAGCUGUGGUCCAAAUGCUGAAUCCUGGAACAUCAAAAACUUUUCAAGAAUAUGGUGAAAGAGUGUUUACACCGUACAUCGCUGCCCAAUUCCAGAAGAGUCACCGCGUCGACCUUGUCUGGGAUGUAUACCUACCUGCAAGCCUGAAGGCCUCCACCAGGCAGAAGAGGGGGAAAGGAACCAGGAAAAGGGUCGCUGCUUCCACUGCAAUGCCUAAGAACUGGAAGGACUUCCUUCGAGUCGAUCAGAACAAGACUGAAUUGUUCACUUUCUUGUCACAAAAAGUUGUUCAUAUUCCGCUAGCAGAUGGCAAGGAACUAUAUGCAAGUGAUGGAAGUGGAGUCCUCUGUUCUCCUGCUGAGUCUAACUUAGCCCGCCUUGCCCCGUGUUCGCAAGGGGAAGCCGACACUCGUCUACUUCUGCAUGCGGCAGAUGCUGUGCAAAAGGGGUGUACAAAGAUCACUAUACGAACCGUUGAUACUGAUGUAGUGGUACUGGCUGUGGCUUCAUUCAGCAAGAUUGGCCCUGAUGAGCUAUGGAUUGCUUUUGGCGCCGGAUCAAGUUUUCGGCACAUAGUUAUUCACGAAAUAGUUUCCACAAUGUCUCCCUCAGAAUGUCUCACUCUUCCAGUCUUUCACGCAUAUACUGGCUGUGAUACUGUAUCUACAUUCGCUGGCAGAGGAAAGAAGACAGCAUGGCAAACAUUGAAGUCUUUUCCAGACGUGAUUGACGCUUUCAGUGAACUCCUAUGCAUGCCAAAUGAGAUCAGUGAAAAAGCUUUGUUACUGCUAGAGCGAUAUGUGGUGUUGAUGUACGACCGAACCAGCGAGAGUACUAACGUCAAUGAUGCCAGGAAACAGCUAUUCACACAGAAGUCUAGAACUUUAGAAAACAUCCCUCCAACACAAGCUGCACUCAAGCAACAUAUCAAGCGGACUCGCUACCAGGCUCACUGUUGGAACAAGGCAUUAGUGAAGGAUCCAGAGAUGCCAGACCCAUCUGACUGGGGAUGGAUAAGGGAUACAACUGGGUGGCAGCCUCUUUGGACCACUCUUCCCGAAGCAUCGAAAUCGUGCCAUGAAUUGAUCCACUGCAGCUGUAAGAAAGGGUGCACUGGACGCUGCAAAUGUGUUAAAGCUGCUCUAAAGUGCACAGCACUGUGUGUCUGCUCUGGAGACUGUUAGAUUUCGACAAUUGUGAUGCAUCACUUCUUGUUAUGUAAAUAGUUAUUUUAAAGUUUCAGGUGCUAUAUUUUUGGAAAAAUAAACGUUUGAAAGUGCCAAUGGACUCCUUUCAAUUAGAUGACAUUAAAUAAAUAUUUAACAUAGAUUGAUUGACCUUGACAUAACUGUGUGUUAUUCCGUGCAGACUGUCUUAAACGUAUCACCAAUUGGACGUGUAUUCAUAAUUUUAUCAUACAAAGACACCUAAUAUGUUUUUCUACACUGCUUGAUUCCAAAUUUUAGCGUGAUUGGUGUGAUUACGUCAUGAGAAAUGGCGGCCAUCUUGGAUUGACCUUACACGGUCCCCAAGGUCAAACCUGACUUCCCUCCACAUCUGAAUAUAAAGCUUAUGGUAUGCACUAACUAUGUUAGUAAUUUCAUGAUUUUCUCAAAAAACGCACAAUUAUUAUAGUUACCCGCUGCACUAGUGGGUUUGAUUCUCGCUACGGACUCGUGUGAAAAGAGUCUGUCAACGCUCUGUCGAAAGUCAUGGGUUUUCUGCAUGUGCUCCGGUUUCCUCCCACAGGGAAAGUUGACAUGGUGGGUUAGGAUAAACACUGUUAGGAAAGUAGUAUCUCAAUUGUUGUGAAGAUAUACAGUAAGUAGUCUAGGCUAAGUAAGUAACAUGAGCAUAAUAUUUGAUGUACUGUAAUCGGUCACUAAAAAGCCCCAAUUGGGAGUGAGCUGAAUAAUAAUGUAAUGUACUGUAGACACUUUAUCCGUUACUUUUUAUGUCGCUUGAGAAAAAAGUAUUAACUUACGCAAAUUCGAAUGACUUUCAUAUACUGUAGUCUGAUUCACAAUUUGCGCGAGAGAAAAGAACGAAGUUUCACCAGAAAUGAAAAUGAUACGCGCUUCACCUACAUUGUAAAUCUAUCCCUUCGCCACCCUUUUAACCACAUUAACAUUUUCUCUUACUUUAGUGGAAUUUCCCGUUGGCGAUGUUGACACGCAAAGCUGCUCCCGCCAUAGCUGCAGGAUGUUCAGUGAUUUGUAAACCUUCGGAGGAAACGCCGUUUGCGGCGUUGGCACUCGCACAGGUAGAAAAACGGUUGUUGGACGCUAAAGUUAAAUAUGCAUAGAUAUGAUUGUCAAAUAGUCUUUCAGAAUGCAAGAAAUUUGCAAUUUCUGAGACCUUAGAUUCAAAAUUUUCCCGAGUCAGUGAGUGGGACUGAAAAAAUCCUGCACAGUCUUGAGCGUAAAAAUAUCCUGCAAAACAUUGCCCAAUCUCCCAUUAAAAAUCUAUUGGCACGUCCAUAGUACUCAGGUGUGCAGUAAAAAGAGGACGUCCAAUACCAUUCAUUUUCAAAAUCAAACGCUUUGACCUUUGUUUCAAAAUUUUCUUUAGUUAGCGGAAGAAGCAGGUAUUCCGGCUGGCGUGUUCAAUGUCCUGCCUUGUUCACGUGUCAAAUCGCCGGAAGUGACCGAGGUAAUCAUGAGCAGUGACCUGGUAACCAACUUCUCAUUCACAGGAUCAACGGAAACUGGUCAGGUGAGAGAGACAUGUUGGAUUGUUGUACAGUACUUCCCGCAUUUACUGUAGUCCUCGCCAUUUUGAUAGAUCAUGUGGGCAAAAAGUGCCACCAAAAUCUAGCGUUCGGCGGUAGUUUGAUCGAACCUGCGGCCCUACGAUUUCGGUUCAACGCUCUAACCAACUGAACUACACUGAACUGAGUGCAGAGUCCAGUUGUCCAGCUCUAAUCACAAGUUCUUGUAUACAGUACUGUGGUGGGCAGUGCCCUUGGCAGUGCCAGCAUAAGGUACUGUAUAAAUAUCGAGAUACACAGGUUCGAUUCCUGGGCCUAUUGUUGUAUUUUUCGUAGCUGCUCCAGGUCGUGUCUAAGAAUUGAUGCAGUAUUAUAACAUUUAGUUUCAUUUAGCUUUACUCGGUAAUUAAACUUUUCUUCGCGUUCUUUGUUUCAGUUAAUGUUGGAGAAAUGUGCGAAGACAGUGAAGAAGGCUUCAAUGGAGCUGGGAGGAAAUGCAGCGUUCAUUGUGUUUGAUAGUGCUGAUGUUGAUGCCGCAGCGAGCAACGCUGCUGCUUCGAAAUUUAGAAACACUGGACAGGUAUUGAAAUAAACUACACUAACUUUACUACAGCUCCUCUGCCAGAGCUCUAUGGACGUUCUUAACUGCUUCACCAGAAGGUCAAGUGAGGGAUACCUGUUAUCGUCCAUUUUUAGUAAAGGAAGCGUCUAAAUUAUCCUGUAAGUAAUACUGUACUGUAGCUCUACCUCUAAACCAUUUUCCCCAAUCUGGAUUGGCGAGGUUCACAAUCGUAGUUUUAUAGCUUUUAGAGUAUAUAUGCAGUGGUUAGAAGUUCCUAUCCGGCUGUAUAUGAUAGCUAUACCCGGCUUCCUGAAAUCUUUAUAGGCUUGUGUAGCGACGAACAGGAUAUUAGUUCAAGAUGCUGUCUAUGAGGAAUUUGUAGGAAAAUUUGUGGAGAACGUUAGGAAACUGGUCAUUGCAAACGGAAUGAACGAAGACUCGGAUAUUGGACCUUUGAUCAAUGCACGAGCCGUAGAAAAGGUAUACUGUAAUUAGCAAUGGACGACUUGCGCUUUAGACUAAAUUUUAAUUUAAGUAAGAACAACGAAAUCUAUCACCACAGCUGGAAAGAGCGUCUUGGAAUUAGUAAUAUUACAAAAUUUGGUUGCGAAAUGUUGUAAAAUACGGAAAAUAUAGGCCUUCAAAGUUGGCAAAUUUGUAUACUUUUGUAUUACGUGCGUGAAUUGGUAACUAAAUUAGUUACCAAUUUCCGCACGUAAUAGAAAUGUAUACAAAUUUGCCAACUUCGCAGGGCUAUAUUUUCCGUAUUUUACAACAUUUCGCAACCAAACUUUGCAGUUUGGUUGCGAAAUUUUGAUAACUUCUAAUUUUGAUAACUUCUUUCAGAAAAUAUCCUUUGUUAUUCCCAGAUUAAAAUUUUUUCUAAAGCGUAAGUCGUCCAUUAAUCGCUGAAGUGGAGGUGCCACCAACCAUUUCCUACAUCAAGUAUUACGAUUACGAUGACCUAAAGAACCAAAAGCGCACUUGAUCGUAUCCACAUGUAAUGAUAUAUACACGCGUAAAAAUUAUGAGCCCGCUGUUUAACAGGAUUGAACAAUGUUGUGCUGCCCUGUGCUACCCACAUUGUUCACACUUGUCAACAAUACUGAACAAUAUUGUUGAGCCUUAAUUGGGUGUAACAAUAUUGUUCAACAUUGUUAACAACUGUGAACAAUUUGGGCAGCACAACAUUGUUCAAUCCUGUUUACAUCAAUAUUGCAACAACGUGAUCGUUUUUAGCUGUGUAAUGGCACAGUAUAGGAAAAGUACAGUAGAGCCACUCAGCGUAAAAAAGUGUCUACAUUGUUUACGUACUGGCUGCCAACCUAAUUUACAUAUUAGCAGCCAGUAAACGGCAGCAGUCCACUAUAAAAUUGUACUACAGAAUAAUGAUUUUGGCCGCGUAAGACACCUGGAACCUAGCUUAAAUAAUUGCCACUUUUCUCUCCCCUAAGUGGCCCUACUGGUUGUCUCCCUAUACUGUGGUAAUGGCUUAUCACUCAGCAAUAUUAAUCACCUUUGUUCAGGUGGAACGUCAUGUAAGCGAUGCAAAAGAGUUUGGUGCAAAAGUUGUAUUUGGUGGGAAAAAGAGUGAACUAGGGGGAUCAUUUUAUGAGCCCACGGUACUAGCUGAUGCUACUAAUGACAUGUCUGUGAGUCAAGAAGAGACAUUUGGUCCUGUAGCGCCAGUUAUUAGGUACGUUGAUGAAUUCGAAUUUAUUUAACCGGAUCGGUUACUUUACUUUGCAAACAGUCUGGUUAAAAUUUCCUGGCUCCUGCGGGAAAUCGUGUUGUUUUCUCGAGAAUCUCAAUGUUUCCCGAGACAUAGUCGAGGAAACAUUGAGAUUGGAAGGAAAACAAAACUAGUUUCCGAGGGAACAGACAUUAAGUGUUUUUUUUUAUACAGGGACGAAACAAAAACCGACAUUCAACAAUAUUCAUACAGCAAUUGUAUUUCAUGACAAAAACUCUAUAGUGUAAUGGAGUUUAAACAGUUUAAAAAACUUGCAAUUUGUGCUGCCAUUUUGUUUAUUUAUGUUCGUACUGUACAGUAGCCGGUCAGGGGGGGGGGCAACAUUUUUUCACUUGUUGCCCCGGCGGGGCAAAUCAGCCAAUCACGUUUAGUGUUUACCCUAGCUAUAUACAGUAACAACACUAUUUGGGUUAACUUAAAAUUUCUGGUUACAGUAUUUUCACUAUUUUAUCUCUCUUCCUACCAUAAUCUGCAUGGUCAAUGUAACCAGGAAUCUGGUUAUUUAUCCACCCAUAGUCUUUCGAGACACGGUCUGGAAACUCAUUGAACUUCAAAGCGGUUAUAAUGAGCUGGGAGUUUAUGUUGAGCCGUACCUUACACCGUGCACAUCCUUUGUUUUAGGUUUAUUAAUAUUUAAAUAGCAUGGUUGAAUAAAUGAACUGAAACGUUGCUAUUGGAUGAUUCGUUCAUUACACUGAAAUACAAUGUGUUCAUUGACCGUGCACCGUGCACAAAUCUGCAUAAACGCGAACAAAAAGAUAGAACAAAGACUUUAGUGGAGUUUCCAAUUAAACCAUCUUCUGAAAGACUGUGAUCCACCUGGCUGUAGUCUGAUUAAUUCAACCAGGGAGUUCUGCUCAAAUUAACCAGAUUAUGGAAGGAAAAAAAUGAGAAUAACCAGGAUUAGUAUUUUUACACAAGUGAACAUAACAAAUCCUACACGUUGAUUGGUCAAAUUUGACUACAGGUGAAUAUAACAAAACAGAAAUUUUCAAAAUGGCGGCUACCCGUUUUGUGGAAGUUUACUGACAAAAAAAUAAGCGAAAUUAAAAUAAAUUCAGUCUCAAAAAACACAAAAGCUUGUGUAAAAAUACUAACACAAUUAUUCGCCCCAGGCUCGGUGAUUAUCGUGGAAUAUUCACCUUGACUUCGUAUCGGCGAAUAUUCCCCGAUAAUCACUUCACCUUCGGCGAAUAAUUGUUAAAUGUUAACCAGGAAUAUUAAGUUAACCCAAAUAGGGUUGUUUCUAAUAACCAACACGAGGAAAAUUUUAACCAGAGUGUUUUUAGAGUGUUCUCUUCCAUAAGCAAAUUUCGUAAACUGGAAUAGUAGUAUAGCAAGCUAAUUCUAUUCAUCAUUUGCCAGGUUUAAAACGGAAGAGGAAGCAGUUAAAAUGGCAAAUGGAACAAAAUUCGGACUAGCAGGUAAUCAUUGGUCCGCUUUUUAAGUUAAGUCCAGUUGUUGUUUUAUGCCCUGACUCCAAGUUAACCAGCGGUUUUAGAUAAUCGUACAAGGGGUCAGUUCAUAACUUCAACCCUUGGGUGGGAUGAGUUAUUUUUUUGUUCUAAUCUAUGGGCUUUUCAUAUCGCGGAGCUAUCGCAUGGAACAACUUAUCAACUGAUAUUACUGGCAGGCAUGCACAACUUUCCAGGAAUAGGUUUAAAACUUAACUUAAUACCUACUGGCUGGCUCGUUUCUCAUAUGAACACAACUUUAAUUUUGUCAAUGCGUUAACAAAUGGCAUGCAAAUCUCACUCCGGCGAGUUUCCCGGGCUCAUACGAACUCCUUGCGAUGAUUGCGGCUAAAGUCUUUCCUGUUUACUGUAGGAUAUAUUUUCACUCAAAACAUCAGCCAAGCAUGGCGAGUCAUGGAGGCGCUAGAAGUGGGGAUGGUAGGUGUAAAUGAGGGAUUAAUAAGUACAGAAGGAGCAUUAUUUGGAGGGGUAAAACAGUCGGGUAUAGGACGUGAGGGAUCAAAGUAUGGCAUCGAUGAAUUUAUUGAGACGAAGUAUGUUUGUCUUGGGGGUAUUAAUCCUUGAACACAAUAAACAAUUGUUGGAUGAGAUCAAAUUAUAAACUGCACGAUGACAAGAAUUUCAGCCUUGUAUCCGCGCGCUACAUAACUAACCGCAGGAAAUGAACGGAAUGGUUCGACUCGCCAAAACUUCAAACGUAAUCUGAAGGCCCUUUUCCACUUCAAGUGUAUACCGUGCCGACACGUAUCAAAAAAAUUUUCAAUAUUUAGUGAAUGUUGAUUGGUUAAUACACCCGGAAGUACGUGAAUUUAUCAACUUCUUUUCAAUCUACGCAUGCUCACCAGUAUACGUUUCGGUACGAUACGGUCGAAGUGGAAAACGGCCAUUACAUUCCUACAGCCCAACAAUGUAUUAUCCACGUAUAGUAAUAAAUCUAAUAAUGAGCUUUAAACCUGGUUCACACUGGCAAUUUUUUCGGCGAUUUUCUCCUCUUGACAAAUGUGAAUGAGUGGACCUAUACAUUAGACCGUUUUGGACCUAUACAUAGUGUGAACCAGCUGGCUUGAAGCAAGCAACGUUUUUGUCAACACAGACCAUAGAUAUAUUAUAUACACUAGAUAGUGCAUCUAAUUAUUCUACAUUGCAAAAAUUGAAGCCGUGAUUGCAGACAUAGGAUAUUCCCAUGAAAUGAGAAGAUUCGUAUGUUUUCUAUUUGUUAAACACGGAGCUUAAAUAUUAAGGUAAACCUAUUCCAAAUACGUUUUUAAACUAUUCAAAUGAUGAAAGUUAUUGUUGUUUUUAAGCGUUUAUUAGCGAGUGGGAAACACCAACAUGGCCGCCAUCUAUUCAAAUGGGGGGUAACCGCUGGAAUAUUCUUGGCUUCAAUUUUACUAAAAGAAAUGCGCUCUCUAGUGUAUAUAAGAUAUCUAUGACACAGACGUCACCCGAAAAUUAGUAUAACUAAUAUUGGCGGCAUUUUGCAUCACAGCGCUCAAAGCAAGAACUAUAAAGGAUUGAAGAUUACCAUGCACAAACUGACAAAAACACAGUUUUUAAUCCAGUCCCCCAUUCGACAAUCUGACGUCCGGGUUGACAGAAAAGAAGGUGGACUUAUAUGCUAAUGUUUACGUUAUGUUGACUGUGGUUCACAGUUGCGGCAUUCGGCUCUUAAAAUUUCUCAGAUUUUUUCUCGGACUUGGCUUUGAAUUUUGAUAAAAUAAACGGUACAGCGGCAGCAGCCAGUAAAGCACAGCCAAGCAACGGGCGGAAUCUUAUCCAGCCGAUAGCGAUGACGACCAAUGAGAAUGACGUUGCCAUGGCGACACAGGCCAAGGUCACCCCCAGUCCAAUAAUAUCACGAACGAUUGGAAUCCAAGAAACUGGAAAA